GAUUUUCUUCUUAGGAUGUUCUUUAUCGUUCAUGCAUUCCUGUUUGCUCUCACUUGGUGCCUCCCUGCCUGGGGAAAACUUCAGGCAAACUGUUCGUCCGGCAUGAAUGUUUCAAAUUCCCUGAAUGCAGUGACAGAGAUCAGUGGCAGACUACCUGACGAUAAUAAUUUACAACGUUCCUGCGUGUUGAAGUUGGACAAACCUAGUAGCUUUUUACGAGUGAGUACUCGAAGGAAUGACAACAAAAGAGGUUUCUUGCAUGUUUUUCUGUACCACGCCGAUGGAUCAUCCUUACUUGGUCACCUGAACGUUUCAGAACCAUCAACAGUUUGGAACACUCUGAACAUUUGUCCCACCGGUUUGACUAAUAAUGUAACCACAGGGAAGAAGUUGUUAUCCGUGGUUGGAAAAGGCAGUGGGCUUUCCUUCACAGUGCAAAUAGCCGAAGGUGCAUCAGAAAUUGCGCUUGAUCAACCACACACAGUCAAUGUCCAGGGAGAUGAGGUGAGCGUGUUCCAGUUCAUUCCACCCCAAGGUAUCUCUGAUAAACAACUGGACAUUACUGCCACGUCACAGUCAAACCUUGCUGCUUACUUAAAGGUAUCACACAUAUGCGAAGAUGUCCAGGAAAACUUAGAAGUUGUGGAUUACAAAAAGGAAUCUCUUCGACUUUCCUUUGCCACAAAAGGACGGAUAACUUUAUCCAGAGCUUCCAUUCCCUCUUUAACUGAUUCCACCUCUAGAUGGUUCAUUGGAAUUGGUUUGAAGAACGUGUCAGGUGACGUCAAAUUUAGUGAGUCAAAAAAUGUCACUUUAAAGCUGACAAGGUCGUUUGAUUAUAACUAUGCCAUACCUGUUUCUGCCCUAUUACUCGCAUCACUUCUGGGUGGUAUAGUAGUGUCUAUCAUGGCACAUUUUCUUUUUAAAGAGUCCCUCUCUGAGAUAAGGUUUGGUGGCGCAACUGUAAUGGCCAACAUGAAUGGUGCGAUGGGUAUACAACUCCAGUUCCUUCCACCAGGUGAUCAAGCCAAUAGUAAUCGAAUUCAAACUAACCUAAAAAUUUCAUGUUGCGAUCUGUGGGAGGUAAUCAGAUAUCACUGGUUUUCCUUUGGUCCAAAGACCUAUUCCUACAUCACAGGUAUUGUGGGUAAUGUGCUUAUGGUAGGUGCUUUUCAGUUCGUGUUUGCAAACUGGUAUACGAUGAUUCAGGAAGGGAACAGAGAUAAUUGUUACUACAACGACUUUUGUUAUAGAGUUACAAAUCAUGAUAUUCCGUUUAACUUGAUGAUAAGUAACUUACCAUAUAUAAUCCACGGUCUAAUCUUAGCUGUGUGGGUACUGAUACUGGAAACCAAGCUAAAUGUGCGGUUCAAAAGCAUCGCGGCCAGCCGCACAGGCACUGGAGCCGCCGUGGCAUGGGGAUCCGAGCUACCAAACCAUGUUCUGUUAUGUCCUGAAACUAACUUUCAUAUUUUGGAAGGAGGUAUUCCAAACACAAUCAUCGCAGAGCCUGAAAGCAAAAAAAUUAUUGCCGCAGCACUGAAAAAGAAGUACUGUUAUUCCAUUGGGUAUGCGUUUUCCUGGGCUUUGGUUUUCCAGGGAUUAUUUUCCACUCUUUACCACUUAUGCCCGAGCAGCUUCACAUUUCAGUUUGAUUCGGCUUUUAUGUUUAUCAUAGCUGGUUUAUCUGUGCUGUUUUUGUAUAAUGGCUUUGAGCAGAAUCGUUGUCCUUCUUCCGAAAAUGUGAAGUACCCUGUGGGUGCCUCUAAUUUCUUCCUUUUUUUUAUUGUGCCUCUCUUUAUUUUUAACUACUUUGGUACGCUCUUUAACUCUGAUUCUGGGCUUAGCAAACCACUACAGAACUUUUUCUUCGCAUUCCUGAUCAUUUGGUGGCUUUUGAUGGUUUAUUGGGCUUUUUAUAAGUUAAAUAUCCACCAAGGAGUAUGCCGAAAUGCAUGUAAUGUGUUUUUAUUCAUUUUGGGUGGCCUGGUAGUACCCUUGGGGCUCUUUUUGUGUUUUUUGUUCACCAAUCUGUCACAGGUGUUUCUGUAUACCUGCAUUAUUUGUAGCAUCAUUGCUGUCCUCGCUAAACUUAGGCCCUGGAGAAAGCUGUGCUGUUGCUGUGAAUGCAGGCGCAAUUGCCCAACGGCCAAGGAAAUUUAUCAAAGGCUUUUCAUCUUCCUCACUUUCAUCGUUUUGGUCGGAGCUUUUGGCGUUUUCAAAUCGCUGCCCACCACAAGCAAAUCGUCGACGCCAGAAAACUCCCGUGACCAAAACGAAGAAUGUGCUUUUCUGGAAUUUUUCGAUUGGCACGAUCUUUGGCAUUUUUUGUCCUCCUUUGGUGUCCUAAUGGCCACAAUUGUUAUCAUGUUUUUAAGUUCUGAACCCGUGUAAAAGUCGUAGGCUUCAGAAUAUGUAAUGUAAGGGAGUGCAAUGUAAAACUCCACAUAAUAGAGAAGUUUUCAAUUGCAUGUCAAAAUUAAUCUAGGAUUGCUUUGUUUGCUUUAUUUCGGUCUGUGAAUGGUGUAGAAAACGCGCACAUUCUUCAACCAAUUAGAUGCAAAACAAAAAUAAAUCGCGACUUUGUCCACCGCGAUUUCCCGCGCUAUUGGUAGUUUGCUUGUAUAAUUUGUGUUCUCAUCGGCUGUUGAUAAUGUUAACCAUCGUUAUGAUUGCUUGUUAGGAUUUAGAGGUUUUGGUUUUUCGAAAGUCAGUUGAAAACUGCUCUUACAGACGUGGUGAUGAUGGUGGGAUUUAGACUAUAAAGGGGGUAAGUUUCUGAAGAAAGUGUGAUGCUGCGUCGGUGAGAGAGUAUAACAGGGUAAUUUAGUGUUCUCAACUAAGUUGAUGAUGUAAAUUGGCCACUGUACAGAGUUUUAAAGCUGACGUUUUGAGUGUUAGCCCUUCGUCAGAGCGAAUGGUUUUUCAUUUUUCGGAUUUAGAUUAUAGCCGAGGUGAACAUAGUCUCCUAUACUAGUAGGAUUUAACAUUAGGCCUUCAUGUCAAGUAAAUAUCGCAUUGUAUUGGUUUCACUUUGGUGAAAUCAAAGGACAUUCUGAAUUUAAAAUGAAAGCAUGGGGCAAGUACAGGUGGUGGUGGACAAUGGGUCCAUAAACUCUUCAAUAGUCGCCAAAGGACGCUUAAUAUAUAGAAGGUUUUGAAAAACUGAUACGCGUGUAAGAUAAUCGUAAGGGACGUAUCAUU